AAACAUGUUUAAACAUGCUUCAGUGCUGUUGCGGUAUUUAGCUGUAUGAUAUAAAUUUGCUGUAGUGAAAAAUUAAUAAAAAACUGGGAAUAUGAUUGCAGAGUUGCGUUGAUUUGCCAUAUAUCCAAGCAACAGUUGUUAAGUGUCUACUCAAAAUUAGCAAGCUAAUGUGCUGAGCUGCAUACCAAACUUGACGUCGACAACAAAAACAAAAAAAAAAUCAGCGCCUGCGCCAUUAGCUCAAAUUCAAAUUUAAAUUAAUUGUGAACAGACGUCAAAAUGAACACGCCCGGCGUCAGCCUUUUCCAGGGCGCCGAAACCCUCAAGGUAAAUUCAACGCUGGAGCGCCAGGAGGAAGAAGAAGCGCUGCAGGAUCAAAAGAGACGCGAAGCGGAGCUGGGGAAUUUAUUGGAAAAUGCUUUCGAUGAUUUGGAUGACGAGGACGACGAGAGCACAAUUGACUCGACAACAAAUUAUCCUUCCAAUUUGUUGCCCACGCAUCAACUGCCGCCGCUGCCUACGCAACAGCCCGCCCAGCAUCAGCAGGAGGAGUUUGUAAGUGCCAGCGAAAUGCAUAAGCUAAAGAUGAUGCUGGAUUCCAAGACGCACGAGCUGAGCAACAUCAAUAAGCUGGCCACGGAGGCGCAUAAGAAAAUCGAUGAGUACCAGAAGCGGCUGACCAUAACCCAGGCCGAGCUGGAGCGGGCGCUGCGCGAGAAGCAGCACGCGCACGAGCUGCUCGUGGAUAGCAAAGAGAAGUGCUCCAAUUUGGACAAUAACAUUGAGAAGCUUCGCUGCGAGAAGCGUUCGCUGGAGGCGGAGAACACCCAGCUAGUUGGGCAGCUGGAGACAGCUCAAACGCUGCUCGCCGAUGUGCAGCGUAAAUAUGACAUGGUCGAGCGGGAUCAGCACAGGCGUGAGGAUCGCAACACAGAUAUGCGCAUCAAGCAGCUGGAGGAGCAUCAACGCGCCCAAACGGAGCUACUGCAGCAGCAGCUGAGUCAGCUGAGCGAUCAGCUGGACAAGAAAAAACAGGAGCUCGAUCAAAUGCAUAUGCGCUACAAUGCGCUGCAGUCCAGCCACGAGUCCAUGCUGCUGGACAAGGCGGCCAAAAUCAAUGAACUCAACGCCGCGCUGGAUGUGGCACAGCGGCGCUUCCAACAGUUGGCCGCCAAGCCCAACUACGAGGCGGAGUACACGUGCCAGCAGCAGUGCAUAGCCGAUCUGCACGCACAGGUGGCCAGCAUGGAGCAGACCAUAGCGCAGCUAACGGAGCGUGUUAAUGGCACCACAGCUGAGCUGGAUCUGAUGGAUACGCUGAUACAACAGCAUCAGGCCGAAACGGAGACGCCAAAUAGAUUGCCGUCCCGUCUGAUGGGCAGCACGCCCCUAAAUCCAGCCGAUCGUAUGGGACACAUCAAGCAGGAGCUCUACCGGGCCCUGGCCAGUUUGAAGAACAAGCGCGAGGAAGUGCGCAAGCUGGAGAAACAACUGGACGAGCGCACCAAUGAACUGAGCAUGCUGCGGGCGGAGGAGAACAAAACGCUGGUCCAGUUGGCCACGCUGAAGGAAGACAAUUCGCGUCUGGAGACGCGCAUUCGGGUGCUGCAGGAGCAGCUGAACGAGCGACAGCACAACUCAACGCUGAAUUCGUCCAAGCUGCAAGCUGAAUUGGAUGCGCUGUUGGCCGAGCGGGAAGCACUGCAGCAGAAGACGCUGGCGCAAACGACAGAGCGCCAAAAGCUCGAUAAGCAGCUGAAGCAGGCGCAGCUGGAUUUGGAGCAACUGCAGUUGGCGCAUGAGCAGCUGCGGCGCCAACACGAACAGCUAACGGAUGACAAUCGACAGCUGCGCACGCGGGCCACCGCGGACAAUUUGCGCCUGGAGCUGGAGCGGCACAAGAUCUUGCUGAAGGAUGCGCAGGGCGAGGUGGAACGACUGAAGACGCUCUACACGGACAUUGCCAACGAUAAGGAGACGCUGAGUUAUCAGCUGCGCAAGCUGAGCGAGACGGAUAGCAUCAAGGAGCUGCAGGAGCAGCGCCAGCAAAUUGCCCAACUGCAGCGCAAUGUGCAGCUGGCGGAGCUGAAGGCGCAGGAGCUAUCGAAAAUACUCGACACGGAGAAGCUGCGACACGAACGCGAGCUGCAGCUGCUGCGCGAGAAAUGGGAGCGCGAAAUGCACGAGGAGGUGCUUAAAACAGCCAAGGAGAGCUCCAGCAAUUGCGGCAAGUGCAGCGAUCAGCUGGCCGAGGUAACCAAGCUUGAAAUCCAAAUGCUAAAGCUGCAGAACAUGAACUCCAUGCAGGCCAAGGAGCUGAGUGAGCUGCGAAAUGAGUUGCAGCAGGCGCAGGCUCUGCACGCGGAGCUGGAGGUGAAGCUCCAGCAGGCGGCGGAGCAAGAAAAGCUGCUAGCCGAGCUCAAGGCUAAGGCAGAGCUAUAUGAGCAGCAGCUGCAGCAGGAGGCAGCCAAGGCGGUCAGCUCCCCCAAGCAGGCAGCCGCGAAUGAAGCCGAGGCGGCGUCACCCGCUUCACCGGAGCUGACGCAGGCACGCAUCAAGCGCAUCGAGCAGCGUGUGCGCGACGAGAUGGCCAAGCUCUUUGCCGCCGAGCUGAAGCGGUUUACGCAGCGCGUUCAGCAGACGGAGGAGCGCAGCCUGUGCCUGCAGCGCGAAUAUCAAUUGGUCUGCCGGGAUCUGCAGCAGCGACAAACGGAGGUGGAGCUGCUGAAGCAAACGAUACUCGCGGAGCGCGAGCAAAUGCAGGAGCUGCUGGCCGAGCAGGAGGACAAGCAGAAGCAAAUGCUGCACAAGUGCCGCAGCGAGCUGCAGUCGAAGAACCAGCGCAUUGCUGACUUGCUGCGCGACCUGGACGAGCAGCAUGCGAGCAUCGAGUCCGAGCGACGUUCCAUGAAAACCGUCAUGGCCGAAUGGGAUAAGCAAAAGCAAUCCAUUGAACAGGUGGAACAGCACUGGCGCACCCAAGUCCAGACGCUGCGCGACAGCCACGAGGAGGCAAUGCGUGCCGCACAGUUGCGGUAUCAGAGCGCCAAGCGCACCGCCCACAAUUACAAGCUGUACGCGGAGGACAAGGAGGCGCACAUGAAACGCGAAUACGAGCGCAUCAAGCUCGAGUAUCAGACCUCCCUCACCCAAAUCGAGGCGACCAUGCAGCAGCAUCUGCAGCAGCGCAAGAGCCGUGACCGCCAGCGCAAGGUCAACGACAAGGAGAACGAGCCCAGCAAUCGAUAGAUAUAAGCUA